CUUGCUCGCGAUGUGAUGAAGGAGAUGGGAGGCCAUCACAUUGUAGCCCUCUGUGUGCUCAAGGGGGGCUAUAAAUUCCUUUGCCGACCUGCUGAUUACAUCAAAGCACUGAACAGGAAUAGUGAUAAAUCCAUUCCUAUGACUGGAUUUAUCAGACUAAAGAGCUACUGUAAUGACCAGUCAACAGGGGACAUAAAAGUAAUUGGUGGAGAUGAUCUCUCAACUUUAACUGGAAAGAAUGUCUUGAUUGUUGAAGAUAUAAUUGACACUGGCAAAACAAUGCAAACCUUGCUUUCCUUGGUCAAGCAGUAUAAUCCAAAGAUGGUCAAGGUUGCAAGCUUACUGGUGAAAAGGACCCCUCGAAGCGUUGGAUAUAGACCAGACUUUGUUGGAUUUGAAAUUCCAGACAAGUUUGUUGUAGGAUAUGCCCUUGACUACAAUGAAUACUUCAGGGAUUUGAAUCAUGUUUGUGUCAUUAGCGAAACUGGAAAAGCAAAAUACAAAGCCUAAGAUGAGAGUUCAAGUCAAGUGAUAGAGUUUGGAAAUAUCCGGAGUUCCAUUGACAUCACCAGUAAAAUUACUAAAUGUUCUAGUUCUGUGACCAUCUGCUUAGUAGAGCUUGUGCAUGUAAUAAUUUUAUUUGUUUUGUAUUUUAGAAAUGUCAUUUGCUGCAGUGUGAACUCUUUAUUUGCACUAUGAGCCUAUAGACUAUCAGUUCCCUUUGGAUGGAUAGUUUAGUUUCACUUAUGACUGGAAAAUCUCUUAAACCAUACCACUGUUGAAUGAAAAUAUUGAAAAUGUAUCUGUAAGAAACAUUUAAAGAGAAGAUAUAUUAGUUUUUAAUUGGUAUUUUAAUUUUUAUAUAUUCAUGAAAGAACAGAAGCGAUUGAAUAUUGUUAAUUGUACCGCAUUGUGUUUAGAAAAGUAAGAAGCAGUCAGGUUUCGUAUCAAUGAUGGAGAUUUUUACUGUGUCCAGGACUGUGUGUCCUGGAAUUCCUUUAGAAGUGUUGCAAUAGCAUUAACUGAAUUUUCGCACUCGUUCACGUUGUUUCUGGUGAAUCUUUGUCAACAGUUCCUUUUAAAUAUAAAAUAAAGAUAUUCUAAAAAACUUUACCACUUUUCAAAUUCUUCACUGUUAAAUAUCCUUAAAAUAAAGACUGUCUCUUUAAAA